AUGGAGAAACAGAUUGAGGAAGAGAAAAAACUGGGAGAAGGGCCUCAAAUAUCGAGGAUGGAGCCAGUGACAGAAGGUGCCUAUGGUGGUGGAAUGUACGGUACAGAAAAAAAUCAACAAGAAAAACAAACAAAACCACCAGCAAGUGAUACUCAAAGUGCUGAUGGACCAGUUGAAAAGAAUGCUAUGAAACCCAAACACAAUCCUCCUCCUUCAUCUGGGGAUCGUGAUAUAGAUAUCACUGGCCAAUCCUAUAUUCAGUAA